UAUUUUUUAUUUAAUCAAUUAUUAAUAAAAACUAAUGUUUUUAGUAUUGUUCAUCAUUAGUUGUACACUGUUAAUGUAGUAAACCCAUAUUCGUGAACUAUUGCUGCUGCUGUGUUGUGGUCCGUCGCCAGCUAAUAAACCCUUUGAAAAUUGUUGUACAAUGAAAUUAUGAGUUAGUUUGGAGUCUGUUCAAAAUUGACUUCUUAAAGAAAACCAUGGCCGAGUUCAUAAGAGGUGGUCCUGGUAUGAUGUUACGCGACAAGGUGCAGACUACACUCAGUCUCAACAGUGAAGACAGCCAGGACAUGCUUGAUCAAGAUUUUGAUCCAUUCUUGGAACAUGAUGAACCGGAUGGAUCAAAUGUGUCGUUAUUACAAGCACCUCCUGAGAAUCAUUGGUACCAUGGUCGAUUGAGUCGAUAUGCAGCAGAGGAAAGAUUGUGGUUAAAGUCGGAAACUGGUAGUUAUUUGGUGCGUGAAAGCGAUCGUAAGCCAGGGUCAUAUGUGCUAUCGUACCUGGGACGUACUGGUAUUAAUCAUUUUAGAGUGACUGCGGUAUGUGGAGAUUUCUACAUAGGAGGCCGACAAUUUGACAGUCUAUCUGAUUUGAUUGGCUAUUACACAAAUUGUUCAGACUUGUUGAAGAGAGAAAGGCUGUUACAUCCAGUAGCACCACCUGAACCAGUAAAUGAUAAACAGCGGGUUGUAGCAAUUUUACCUUAUACUAAAAUGCCAGAUACAGAUGAACUAACAUUUCAAAAAGGUGACAUAUUCUUUGUACAUAAUGAUAUGGGAGAUGGUUGGUUAUGGGUUACUGCUCAUAGAACAGGAGAACAAGGAAUGAUUUUUAGAGACUUAGUUGAUAAUUUAGACGAGAAUAUUGACCCAAAUACCGUUUUUGAUUGGUUUCAUCCUUGUGUUACAAAAAAUGAAGCUGUUGACAUGUUGGUUAAAACUGGUCCUGGGAGUUUCUUAGUAAGACCAAGUGAUAAUUCACCAGGAGAUUAUUCGUUGUUUUUUCAUGUCAACAAUCAGAUUCAAAGGUUUCGAAUUGAGAAGAAAGGAGUACGCUAUUUAAUGGGUGGUCGUACAUUUGAAUGUUUAGAUGCUGUCAUAAAUAGAUAUCGCAAGGAACAGAUAGUUGAAGGGCAUACCCUUGUGAUGCCUGUAUGUCGUAACUCAAAUGAAUUAUUAGAACUGCAAAUUAAACAAAAAGAAGUACAGCAAGCUGAAAAAAUAUAUGCAACUCUUAGGGAGUGUCGAGAACAAGUUGGGCUUAAAAAAGAAAAAGGAAUUAAAAUGCAAGGGUAUAUGUAUAAGAAAAAUGAUAAAAAUAAGAAAUGGAAGUCAUUGUACUUUGUUUUGUUAGUUGAAGAAGGAGAUAGUCAUUUAUGUUUCUAUGAUAACCCUAAAAGAACUAAACCUAAAGGUUUGAUAGAGCUGAGCUGUGCUUAUCUAUACCCAGUACACGAAAGUGUGUUUGAUAGGCCUAAUUGUUUUCAGUUAGUAGAGAAAGCCUUACCAUGUAUAGCCACUAUAACAUAUUUAUCUAUUACAGUAGAAGAUUUAUUUCAAGAUUGGGUUUCUGCUCUGAGAAUGUACUGUAGCACUCAAUUGUCAAUAGUUCCUAAAGCACAAAAACUACGUGAAUUGCGUUGUCUACAUUUACAUAUUUUGGAUGCACAUCGUUUGCCAUUCAAACUUGUGCCAAAUCCAUUUUGUAUUAUUUCUCUUAAUCAAGUGAGAGUAGGUAGGACUCGAGCUAAAAGUGGACCUGAUCCUGUAUUUGAUGAAGAAUUCAUUUUGGACGAUGUACCUUCUGAUGUAUUGUCAUUCACUGUUAGUAUUUACAACAAAGGAAAACGAUCUAAAGAUACUGAAGUAGCUGAUUUAACAGUUGAAUUGAGUACAUUAAAGUUAAAUAAUGGAGCGGAAGUUGAAGAUUGGUAUCCCUUAAGUGGUAUAACACCAAUUGGUGAAUGGGGUUCUUUACGGUUACGUACUAGAUACUUACAUGAUCAAAUCAUGCCAACUGAAGAAUAUUCACCAAUGAAGCAGCUAAUUCUUGAUUCUGAUCUAGAAGCAGUGCGAGCUCUAGCUGAUAUUUGUCAUCAGGACCGCAUGCCUUUAGCUACUUCUCUAAUGGGAAUUUUUCGACACGAGAAAAAAGAAGCUGAUCUCUUAAGAAGUUUGAAUGAUGUAGAGAUUAUGAAAGAAGAUGAGACUACUACACUAUUUAGAGCUGCAUCAUUAACUACAACUUUAAUGGAUUUGUACAUGAAGUCAGUUUGUUCAGAUUUCUUAAAAUCUGCUAUACAACAAACUGUGUUUAAAUUAUUAGAAAGUAAACAGUCAUGUGAACUUAAUCCGUGCAAAAUGGAAUCUCCGGAUGAUGCUUGUGACAAUGCUGAAUUUCUAUUAUUAGUCUUAGAUGAAAUCACUCAGUCCAUAUUUAUGUCAGCUGAUGCUUGUCCUCGUACUUUACGGUAUAUAUGUGGAUGUUUACAGAGAAUGGUGAUGAAUAAGUGGCCACAUGAAAGAUUAGUACGGACCAGAGUAGUAUCUGGUUUUAUAUUUUUACGGCUCCUAUGUCCAGCAAUUUUAAAUCCUAGACAAUUCAAUCUUAUUUCUGAACCACCCCCACCCAUGGCAGCUAGAUCACUUAUUAUGGUAGCGAAAUGCUUGCAAAACUUAGCCAAUUUGGUAGAGUUUGGUGGUAAAGAGCCUUAUAUGGAAGUGGUCAAUCCAUUUAUACUAAAAAAUAAAGAGAGGAUGGUUGUGUUUUUAGAUCAGUUGUCCAAUGUAACUGAAAAACCAGAAUCUGAGGGAGAGAAAAUUAAAGGUGAUCCUGCUCGUAAUUUAGGUACUCUUCAUCAUAUUUGUAAAACACAUUUAACUGAACUUCAAAAUAUUAGUAAAACUCAACCUUCAUUGAAAAAACUUGUCACUGUGACUGAGAUGUUAAACAAACAUAAACAAAAAUAUUUGGAAAUGAUCAAGUAAAUUAUAUCUACAAAAAUACAGUCGAACAAAAUGGACAUUUAAGAUUGCAUUUAUCCAUGACUUAUGAACUAAAUUAAUUUGCUAAGGCAUUUCUUAAAAUUUUAGUAAAGUUAUUAUUUUUAUUAUUACUUAAUAAUUUUUCAUAAUUGUUAAUUCACAACAUGUGUGUUCCAGAGUAUAAAAUAAGACACUUAUAUUUUGUUUAUGAGAGACCUUAUCUUUAAAUAAGGUCUAAAUAACUUGUUUUUAUACAAGGUGA